AUGAAAGCGAUUCAGGCCUCACUCCUCUCUCAUAGCGAUUUAGGGUUUUUUUGGUACAAGUUAUCGACUAAGACACCGACGACUUCUCUCAGAGGUAUUGACUAUGCUGUUGCUAACAAUGAAAUCUCUGGAAGAGCUCCAGAUCUUCCCUAUUUGAUAAAAGAGGUAUGUCAGCGGAAAAAUGAAUCACAAUUGCAAGCAACUAUUAUGGUGCUAAUGAUCUCUGUAAAGGAUAAAGAUUUAGCAGGAUGGAGUGUUCUUGAUGUUGGAACAGGCAAUGGGCUACUUCUUCAAGACCUUGCUAAACAGGGGUUCUCUGAUCUCAUUGGAAUAGAUUAUAGUGAAGGAGCAAUUAACCUUGCUAGAAGCCUUGCUAAUCGUGAUGAAUUUAUUGGUAUCAAACUAUUGGUUGAUGAUGUUCUUGAAACAAAAUUGGAGAAAACGUUUGAGCUUGUUAUGGAAUAA